CUGUGUACUGGUAUUCCACUUCCCACACGAUUAACAAAAGAGAUGGAUAUGCCGAGUAAUCAGGAUUCAGGAACCCCAAAUGGCGAGUCAACGAUACCUCGGGACGAACCACCACAUUCAGGCUUAGGGAACAGGGAGUCUGCUGAAAUACAAGCUCAUUCUUUCCGCAUGGAUGAGCUUGGGCAAAUUUCGCUGCCAGCAGACGAUGGAAUGGGGUGGCUCAGACGGAAAAUACACGCUAUUCGGGACCUUGAUCUCAGCAGCAAUGAGAAAGCACGGAUGAUCCACGAUUUGAUGACAGAGAGCUACAACUCCUUCAGACCUGCAUCGCUUCAUUCUUUGACCGCUAAAUCUCCUCCGUCAAGUCCUCCGGUCUUCCAUCAUGCUCCUGAAGCACAAAAGAUUUUAGACCCAAGCCCGACCAGCCCCACAUUAUCAUUAUCCACCCUACAAAAUGAGAGUCUGCUUUCGGUCACACCCGAAGACCAGCAACCUACAUAUGUUCCAGUGGUAGAGCCUGACUCCCCGGUGGUCGAGGCUCGAGAUGAAGAUCCUGAUACGGAAGAGUUAGAGGAGACAUCCCUAGGUUGUGAACACUACAUGCGAAACGUUAAACUUCAGUGUUAUACUUGCAAGAAGUGGCACACAUGUCGCUUCUGUCAUGAUGCAGUCGAGGAUCAUCCUCUGAUUCGCCGAGACACUGAACAUAUGCUAUGUAUGUUAUGUGGAUAUCCCCAGCCUGCUGCUCAGGAUUGCAAUCAAUGUGGCCGACAAAGUGCCCAGUAUUACUGUGACAUUUGCAAGCUCUGGGAUAAUGAUAGCAAUAAGAGUAUAUACCAUUGCAACGACUGCGGUAUUUGUCGGAUUGGACAGGGACUUGGGAAGGACUUCUUCCAUUGCAAGACAUGUUGUGUCUGUUUGCCUAUCUCAAUCGAGGACACUCAUCGGUGUAUCGAAAGAUCUACUCAGUGCGACUGCCCUAUAUGUGGAGAGUACAUGUUCACUUCUCCGGAAACAGUUGUUGUAAUGCGAUGUGGCCAUAGCAUUCAUCACAAGUGUCUUUCAGAGCACUCGAAAACUUCCUUCCGCUGUCCCAUAUGCAGUAAAACCAUCACCAACAUGGAAUCGACAUUUAGAAACCUAGAUCGCACUAUCGAAAGCCAACCUAUGCCCGGUGAAUUCAAAGACACCAAAGCCAUAAUUUACUGUAAUGACUGUGGUGCAAAGUCAGCUGUCAAGUAUCACUGGUUAGGCUUGAAAUGUGAUUUGUGCGAGUCCUACAACACAGCUCAGAUCAGACUGGUACAGGGAGAUGAAUCAGGAGUGCUAGAGGAAGAAGGAGUCCUUGAUCAUUCCCGACAGCGAUCAUCCUCUUUCACAGAAGAAACCACGUCUUCGGCAGCACUACAUCUAAGCACCAGCCCAGGCUCGCAAUCAACACUUGGAGUUCCGAUACCAACUGGCUCAGCCGGACGAUUCGUAUCUUACAAUAUGACUCAUGGCCGUGCAGUUUCACCAGUGGUCAGCAAUUACUUUGGUCUUCCCCCUGAUCGUGUAUCUGGGAAGUCUUCGUCGUUACCAUUUUUCGGUGGUAACGAAAAUGAGGUCGAAUAUGGUGCUUUGAACUACCUAAGCAAGAAGCUUCGGGACCGAUAUGGCUUUCUCGCAGGCGAGGCAGCAUUAGAUGAGGCGGCUUCAGAUAUUGAAGAGGAGGAAGAAGAAGGCACUCAAUCCUCAGGUUCUUCUGGGUCGGAGGCCGAAGAAGAAGGGGAUGAAGCAGAAUACAUGGACAUUUUCGGUCACACAUGA